AGAUCAGUUUCAGACGCGGGAAAGGGGAAUGGACGGCCCAGGAGUACAGCCGGAGAUAGCACCGCUAGUUUGACUCAAAAGUAUGGCGUGUCUGUUGUCACAAUCGGCAAAGGGGCUGCAAGCGUCAUUCGGAUCGCACACCGCAGCGAGGAGAAGCUUUAUGCCAUCAAAGAAUUCCGCAAACGCCGCAAAAAUGAGUCUGAAAAAGAGUACGUUAAGAAGCUCACUGCCGAAUUCUGCAUCUCGUCUACGUUGAAUCACCCGAACGUUGUUGAGACCGUCGACCUUAUCCAGGACGAGAACCAACACUGGUGCGAGGUCAUAGAGUUCUGCCCAGGCGGUGAUCUGUACCACGCCAUCAAGAAAGGCGGAAUGAGCCCAAGCGAAGCCGAGUGCUGCUUCAAGCAGAUCUUGAUGGGAGUAUCAUAUCUCCAUAGUCAGGGUGUCGCGCACAGAGAUAUCAAACCAGAAAAUCUGUUCUUCGAUACUAAAGGACACCUCAAGAUCGGGGACUACGGGGCAUCGACGGUUUAUCGUCUACCCUGGGAAGCAACCAUCCAUAUGUCCACCGGACUUUGCGGAAGCGAGCCGUACAUUGCUCCGGAGCAGUUCCUAAGCAAACCUUACGACGCGCGGCUCGUCGAUAUAUGGGCGGUCGGCAUCGUUUACUACUGCUUGCACUUCCAAGAGCUGCCAUGGCGUGCUGCACAGCCGGCUUCGGACCAGCUGUACGCUGCGUACGCCUCGGCCUGUGCGAACCCCAGCACAUCAGUAUCAAUAUGCCCUCCGACGAUCAACAACUUGAACCCCCUGGCGUGUCGGAGCCUUAUACGUAAGAUGCUCGAACCAGACCCGCGCCACCGAUCAACUAUUGAGGAGGUCGUCAACCACGCGUGGGUUAAGUCGAUUGAAAUAUGCCAUGAAGUGUCGCAGCCAACUCAUGUGCAUGUGAGUGCGCGGGCGACGGGAUUAGCAUAUCUAGGGGAUGAGGGCGCUUGA